AACGGAGUUGCACGUGGUUGUUCUCACUAUUCUGCAGCGGACGGAGGGAGCGCGACUUCUUAUAGCAAUUGCUGGUCCUCGUUGCGAAACAGCUCCCGUGGAACAAGGCGGCUUCAAACUUCUGGCAAAGUUUUACAGUUUGCAAAAAAAAAUAAAAAUGUCUGCGAACUGCCAUCAAACCAAAAGCUGCCCGAUCCCAACCAAAGUUCUGCAGAAGGAUUUAUCCCAACUGCCCGAACUGUACAGCAGUACCCCGGGCGGCACCUUGUUUUCCACCACCCCAGGAGGUACACGGAUUGUGUAUGGACGCAAAUUUUUGAUGGAAUGCAGAAAUUCUCCACUCGCUCGAACCCCUCCUUGUUACCUACCUCAGAUCCCAGGCGUAACUCUGCCUCAACACUCAACUUUAACCAAAGUUGACGAACUUAAAGAACAAGAAACUGAAUCGGUAAAAGAAACUCCAGUUGACGAUGCUCAGUUUGAGAUGGAUAUUUAAACCAACCUGGAAGAAGAUUUGAUCCCUUUGACAGAAGCACACAUGUUUAUUGAAGAGCAAUGCACCAUCUCAAAAACUGAUGAGGCUAAUAACUUCAGCAGUGGAAAUGUAAUCAUUGUAACUUGUAAUUUUGGGAAAGUUGGGAAGGGCAGACUUCUAGGGUGCUUUGUUUUAUUUUUGGUGCUGCUUUUCUGUAAGAAGUUGUAUCAUUUUUUUAAUUUUAAGUUUACUACUUUAGUCCAGACAUGAUGGCUUUCUUGGUCCUCAAUUCCAAUUUUGAAAGUUUUUAAUUAGCCAUAAAGGAGUCAGUGGUCCAGAUGCAUUUGCAGCAGCAAGAUUGACCACGAGCUCUGACUAGCACAUCGAGUGGAAACUACUCCAUAUUUUCCUUAAGUGCUAGUAAAAAAUAUACCUCGGUGGGCAUAAUGAUGCAAGGGAAAGGCAUUCAAUGGGCAACUCACUGAUCUCACUGAUAAUGGCGUGGGAUUUGUUUUGGUGGUAAUUGAAGUGCUGAAUUCUACAGAAAUGCUGCAAUUUUACAAUCUUGUAUCUGAGAUUCUGAUUAUAUUUAUGGUGCGAAAUAAAGACAAAGUUCUUGUAUUUACAUA